AGUGUUUAGACGAAAGAGAUAAGAACUGAUCAUGCAAUAAAUUGGCAACGCCACUUCGCUAUCUCAUCAUCUUUAGGGACCCGAGCCGACCAGGACACGUCUUUACGGCUUAGCUUGUUGUUGAGGUAAGACACCGAGCCGACCUAAACAAGUCUUAAGGCUCAGCUUGUUAUUGAGGUAAGACAUCGCGCCGACCAGGACACGUCUUUAAGGCUUAGCUUGUUAUUGAGGUAAGACAUCGAGCCGACAAGGAUACGUCUUUAAGGCUUAGCUUGUUAUUGAGGUAAGACAUCAAGCCGACCUUAACAGGUCUUAAGGCUUAGCUUGUUAUUGAGGUAAGACAUCGAGCCGACCAGGAUACGUCUUUAAGGCUUAGCUUGUUAUUGAGGUAAGACAUCAAACCGACCUAAACAGGUCUUAAGGCUUAGCGUGUUAUUGAGGUAAGACAUCGAGCCGACAAGGAUACGUCUUUAAGGCUUAGCUUGUUAUUGCCAAGCCCACCAGAACACGUCUUAAGGCUCAGCUUGUUAUUGAGGUAAGACAUCGAGCCGACAAGGAUACGUCUUUAAGGCUUAGCUUGUUAUUGCCAAGCCCACCAGAACACGUCUUAAGGCUCAGCUUGUUAUUGAGGUAAGACUCCGAGCCGAUCAGGGCACAUCUUUAAGGCUCAGCUUGUUAUUGAGGUAAGACUCCGAGCCGAUCAGGGCACGUCUUUAAGGCUUAGCUUGUUAUUGAGGUAAGACUUCGUGCUUUUUCGGGUAUUUUUGUUUGUUUUGUUGUUGUUUUGAAAACAACGUUAAGUCCUUUCUUAAAGCACACACAGGUGGAUGCCUGUAAAUCUGUUUCGAUACGAUGUAUUUAAAGGGAUCAAUCGUGUUUUUCUUGUUUCUCAACUGAUGGUAUCUGCCCCCAUGACACAUUCAACAUCAAGUGACAGCCAAUUAAUUUUUUUUAAUUUUUUAUUUUUUUUAUUUUCCUAACUGUAUUUGGUUAUAAAACCAAUCUAUGUUAUGACUAAAUAAAAUGAGUAAAACAGAGUAGGGUUAAACCUGAAAAAAUAAACGCAAACAAAACAGCGAACGUGUCGGCAGAAAGCCUUCGUCAGCGAACAAAACAACAGAAAAAAACGGUAUAAAAAUAAGAAACAGCACUUAGCUGGUAAGUAGUAUCUGUGGGCAGCAAUAGAAGUGUUAUGACUGUGGGGGAUCAAAGUAUGAAGUGAAGUAUUUUAAUAAACACACUUUCUUGAGACAUACUCUUUGAACUAAAUGUUUUAAAACCUUUUUUUUUUUCGUUUAAAAAAAAAAUCAUUAUUGUGAGAAUUUUACCAUUGUUUCCAUUUAAGGAUAACUGCCCGCCUAUAUCAGCCAUGGACACUAUCUGGCCGCUCACCUGGAUUACACCGGUGACCGGGUACCUGGCCCUGACGUCACUGGCAGCUGUUGCCUACUACUAUUACACCAGGGACAGUGGGGACGACUGGAGCAGAGUCGGAGUCAAGUGUCCGACACUGUCACCGUUUUAUUUCUUUGGUGACGACUUCAGGUUGGUGGUGGCCCCAUUUUUCAGUCAGAGUCGGCGUGGGUUCGGUGGGAGUGGAGAUUGGGGGGGGGGGGGGGGUUGGCCUUAGUGGGGAGAUAUUGUUGAUGGAUCGACGCAAGGUUUGAGGAUGGCUGAAGGUUCAUGUGGUGGAAAUUUAGGGUGUCCUAUUGACACAGUCAUUGCACCGACGGCGUGAUCUUCUUCCUCUGAAUCUGAAACCGGAGUGCCUGCCAUUGUACGCUCGCAAUGCAGGUUGGUUGACAGGCAUUCUGACCAGGUGUCCUAAUCAAUUAAAUUGUGGUUUUAGCCACACACACACACACACAGACACACAGGCAGAUUUUGAUGGCACAGGCUAUUUAUCUUAUUCCCCUCGGUUUAGAAUGCGGCCCCUUCUUGUUCUACCGUGUGCUGCUUGCCUUAGAAAUCCCAUCUCGAAUGGGAAUUUUUUUUUUCUCUUGAAACUUUCAUUCAGAGCCCAGUUUCGAAACGGGUAGGUAAAUGGUUGGAAUAACGACAGCUUCAGUUAGCCUGGAUUCAGUCUCACAUCUCUAUCCUUGGGUGUCUUAAAAGCAGGGUGAAUUGGUGGCUGCACUGCUUUUGCCCGCUGUACUCUUGUCUAUGAUAAUUUUUUUACAAAGGUACAUUUAUAAUUGUAUGAGUGCUCUACAACGACUCAUCACAAUAUUACCUUUUUUUUCUUAAGCAUAUAUUUCAAUACCCAUAUUCGCACAACUAACGUACCGACAUUGCAUACGCAUAUAAUUAAAUACCCGUAUUCGCUGAACUAAUUUACCGAUAUCGCAUAAACCUAUAUUUCAAUACCCGUAUUUGCUGAACUAGUUUACCGAUAUCGCAUAAACCUAUAUUUCAAUACCCGUAUUCGCUGAAAUAGUUUACCGAUAUCGCAUAAACCUAUAUUUCAAUACCCGUAUUCGCAGAACUAACGUACCGAUAUCGCAUAAACCUAUAUUUCAAUACCCGUAUUUGCUGAACUAGUUUACCGAUAUCGCAUAAACCUAUAUUUCAAUACCCGUAUUUGCUGAACUAGUUUACUGAUAUCGCAUAAACCUAUAUUUCAAUACCCGUAUUUGCUGAACUAGUUUACCGAUAUCGCAUAAACCUAUAUUUCAAUACCCGUAUUCGCAGAACUAACGUACCGAUAUCGCAUAAACCUAUAUUUCAAUACCCGUAUUCGCAGAACUAACGUACCGAUAUCGCAUAAACCUAUAUUUCAAUACCCGUAUUUGCUGAACUAAUUUACCGAUAUCGCAAAAACCUAAAUGUCAAUACCCGUAUUGGCAGAACUAAUGUAUGGAUAUAGGAGCUAUAAAUAAAGCACAGAACAAAAAAAAGUUGUGGGUCUCGUUAAUGGGCUCCGCCGAUGGUUUUUAACCGAUGUGUUUGAAAAUAAACAGGGCGUGUCUUGAAAAUAAACGGGGCGUGUCUUGAAAAUAAACGGGUCGUGUCUUGAAAAUGAACGGGGCGUGUCUUGAAAAUAAACGGGGUGUGUCUUGAAAAUGAACGGGGCGUGUAUUGAAAAUAAACGGGGCGUGUCUUGAAAAUAAACGGGGUGUGUCUUGAAAAUAAACGGGUCGUGUCUUGAAAAUACACGGGGUGUGUCUUGAAAAUAAACGGGGUGUGUCUUGAAAAUAAACGGGGUGUGUCUCGGGCUGUUCAUCAGUAUUCCAAAUAUUUAGACACAAAUGAAUUUUGAAAAAUGUAUGUAAGCACUUUUUUUUUGUACAAUCCUACAGAUCAAAGUAGCUAAGACUUUUAAUACCUCUAUCUUGGAUUGUUUCAAGCGAAAUUCUAGCAGUCAAUUCUAGCGAAUUAGUAGUACACUAUUACAGCGUUUCUUAUAAGUUUGGCCGACCGGUUUUUAAAGGGUUAAAAAUCGUUUGGCUCGGCGUAUAUCUUUGAAUUAUUUUCUUUAUAUCCAUAAAUGAUUAUAGAAAUGAAAUUUAACGGUUUUAAUUUAAACCGGGGUCUAGGUACAUAGAAAGAAUGGCUAAAACAUCCCCAUACACUUAAAUUGGAAGUCAGAAAUUGAAACGAUAGAGACCUUGUCUCCUUCGGUCCAUCAUUGAACUAUUCUUUUAAAGUUACGUAUUGGUCCAAAUUAGAUUCUUGGUUAAAAUACCAUUAACGGUCAUUGCUAAAGCCUUUACUUAAAAUGUUUCAUUCUUGCCGUUACUAUUUCAGGAAACCCAUAUCCGCACUCUUGGAUCAGUACGGAGAUGUCGUCGGUGUGAAGAACAGAUCACGGCUGAGCCUCUUCACCACGAACUUUGACCUCUUGAGACACGUCUUCAUCAAAGACUUCAACAACUUCGUCGACAGGGACGACGGGCUCAACAGCCAGUCACCGUUCGCCAAGUCGCUCUUCUUCGCCAAGGGCGACAGCUGGCGGCGCCACCGUCAGAUCGUGUCGCCAACAUUCACGUCGGGAAAGCUGAAAUCCAUCGCGAAAACCGUGGAAAAAUCAGCGGAGACUCUGGCAAACUACCUCGAAGACUUCGCGAAAAGCGGUGAGACGGUCCCUAUCAAGGAGACCACGGGACGCUUCACCUGCGAGGUCAUCGCCAAAACUGGAUUUGGGCUCAACGUAAGCUUCAUCGGCCAGAGAGACGUGGAGUUUUUCGAAUACGCCAAAAGUAUGCUGUGGAGCAUUAGAGGCUACUCGCUUCUGUUCAGACAGCUCCUCUUCAUGAUCCACCCCAAUACGACCAAGUAUCUCAACAAGCUGUUCAAGAACUUGCAGUUCUUCGAGCCCAUCAACCUGACCGCGAAUGCAUACUUCAAGUCUACGCUGGACGCGACCGUCACCGAGAGGAGGCGUCUGAUGAGGGAGGGCAAGGAGAGGACGCACGUCGACUUCCUGGACCUGCUGCUGAAAGCAAACGAGGCCGUGAAGGCGGGUAGACCGGAAGCAGACGAGGAUGAAAGCGAGGCUGUCGGCUGGAGAUCGACCAAAGCAUUGGCGGAGCUGACGGACGAGGAGAUUCUCGGCCACUCGAUGCUGGUCAUUUUCGCCGGCCUGGAGACGACGGCCACGGCUCUCCAGAUGUGUCUGUACUCGCUGGCCAGAAAUCCUGACAUACAGGUGAGUCGUCGGUCUUGCUAAACAGCAUUACGACCAAAAAGGUGAAUUCAAAAGAUCGAGUUAACUUCUUAAAUAAAUGUCACCGUAAAAAUUUGAGUCUCAAACAGCGUUACACGGCUCCCCUUUAAAACCCAAUCUGGACUCAAGUUUUUAAGGGGGGCUCCGAGUUGAACACCUUGCGUCGCGCAGCACUUGGUCAGAAUUGAGGUCGCAUUUAAAUCCAAUCAGUAAAUAUACCAGCAGCACCGGCCGCGAGGAAAAUAUUACAUUUCUUUCCUAUAAUCCUGAUUAGACCAAUCCUAACACGUACAUCUUGAAAUGAAACUGUGAGUUUGAUUGAAAAAAAAAUUGUUUAGCGCAUUUCAUUCAAUGUCAAUUUUAAAUAUUUUUCAUUAGCGGCCAUCGUUUAUCCCAAUUGUUUUUUUUUUUUUUUUUUGUUUUUUUUUUUUUCUAGGAAAAAGUCUAUGAAGAAGUUUGUAAGGUUGUCAAGAACGCGUCGCCCAGUCCUGACGAGCUGAACAGCUUGUCCUACACCGAGGCCGUGAUCAACGAGACGCUGAGGCUCUACCCACCCGUGCCGAUAGUCACCAGGAAAGCAAAGGAGACCAAAACCUACAACGGGGUCACCGUUCUGAAAGGCGCCGUCGUGCAGGUUCCUUUCUUCCACAUCCUGAAGGACCCUAAGCUAUGGCCAGAGCCCGAAAAAUUCAAACCCGAGCGGUUCUUCCCCGAGGCCAAAGAGGGGAGGGACCCGCUGGCCUUCGUCUGCUUCGGGCACGGUCCGAGAAUUUGUCUGGGAAUGAGGUUGGCGUACCUGGAGCUGAAGGAGGCCCUGGUGUACAUCCUGAGGAAGGUGAGGGUCGUCCUAAAUGAGGGCACCGAGCCCAGGAAGGACGCAGGGCCUGUUCAGUUCACCUCGCAGGGUCUGCUCACACCAGUGAACCCCAUUCGUCUCGCGUUUGAGCUCAGAGGCGGUGCAAAACCAACGUAGUUUCGGGUUACAUGUUUGGGGGUGAUUUUGUGCGACAGUGAGUUGUUUGCCCUUGGGUGAUUUUGUGCGACAGUGAGUUGUUUUCCCUUGAAUAAACGCGUUGACCGUUUUAAUUAUUUUAUUUUUAAACCCCUAGAAUAGAAUCAUUUUGUAACCCAAAUAUGAAGAAGAGAAUUGAACGAGCAUAAAACAAUCGCAUCGUUCAAGGCAAGGAAUGAACUUGUAAUGCUAACGUUCUUGUUCUUCGUGGAGUCAUCGGAAAAGAACGAAAACUACACUUUGAAAUGAUGUGAACAUUUAAAGGAUUUGGGGGAAAAAAAUGUAACAAACAUUUAUCCAAAUAACUUUAAAAAAAUAUAUAUAUUUAUUCAAUUUUACGCUUUCUAUACUUAGAAAGUGAAAAGUCCACAGACAUAUUUAUCAAUCGCCUUAACCAAUUGAAUACAUACAGAAUACAAUUUCGGUAGCAUC